GGAUCUUAGUGGCAAGGUCGUUCUCGUCACCUGAAUCUCCAAGGGCAUUGGCUGCGCAAUCGCCCUCGCGGUGGUCUAAGCAGGCGCGAAGGGCCUCGUCCUACUCGCGCGCUCGAGCCUGGACAUCGUUAAGCAGCAGUGCAUCGUCGCCCUUGCAGCCGUCCGCUCGAGGUGCUCGCCAUCGCGUCGGACGUCACCAACACCGACUGGAUCGCCGCCGCGGCCGCGCGUGCCGAGGCGACGUUCGGACGCGUCGACGUCAACGUCAACAGUGCGGGCUACCUCUAACGCAGCCGCAUCACGGACAGCGACCCCGAGAAGUGGCGAAAAAUCUGGGGGAUCAUCGUCCGCGAGACGUACGGCUUAAGCGCGCCUUCCUCCCAACCCUUCGACAGGUGCGCAGGCGACAGGAUGGUCAAUGUCUCCCGCACCGACGCGCACACCUUCGGCCCGCGGUACUCUGUGUAUUCGACGUCGAAGCUCGCGGUGCUGCGCUUCGCUGAGUUCGUGAAUGUCGAUUACGGCGCUCAGGGCGUGCUCGUCGACAUGCCCGAGCUGGUCACGUACAACAAGAUCGUGUGGCUCGUCCGGGAACGCUACGACUGGCUUGUCGAGUGGACCCUCGAUGGGUCGUGGAGGCGCUGGUUGCGAAGAAGCAGGAGAUCGUUGACGGGGAUGAGCUGAAGUCCACAUGGUUGUGUAGCAUCGUGCUAUUCCGAUGCGUCCUAUCCUU